UCUGUAUGAUGGCACAAGCAUCUGCACAAAAAUGUUACAUAUGCACAGAAAAGAACAGUGGCUUCUAUUGUUAUGAAUGCCAGCAUGCCUUAUGUGCAGUUUGUCGUGAAAGACAUGAUAAAGUACCGUCUUUAAGUGGACACACUAUUGCGGAUAUCAAUGUAAUCGACCUUUCAAACGUACAGAGCAAUAAGUACAGGUGUAAAACACACGAAAAGGAUUUUUCAUAUUAUUGUGCAAAAUGUAGUGAUCUUAUAUGCGGGAAAUGUGUAACAUCAUCACAUAAAGGUCAUUCAUUUUCUGAUAUUUCUGAGAUCGUAUCAGAAAAAAGAGAAACAGCACAAACAGCCUUACACACACUGAAGUCUAAAAUCGAAGUCAUUUCUAGUGUGGAAGAUAUAGUACGAGGCAAACACGUAGAAAAACUUCAUGCUUACAGCCAGGAAGUUAUUACUGAUAUAACAUCGACUUUUAAAGAACUUCAUACGUUCAUUAAGUCAAAAGAAGAUAUUAAGAAAACAGAGGUGGAAGACAAUGAACGCAUUGAACAACAGAAUAUAGAACUAUUCCUGAAAAACACUUGUCGUAUUCAUGAUCGAUAUGAUAAAGAAUUUACGGCACUACAAAAUAUUUUAUGUGAAAAACAUGACAUAACAUUUUAUAAAUUCUACAAUGCCAUUGAUAAAGAUAUCACUUUCUUAGACAAUAUUCCAAAGGAACCGACGUUGCCGUGUGUCCGUUCUCUUGAUAAGACGAUGCUUUAUACUGAAAUCUUAGAAUAUAUUCAAUCGAAGACUGACACUCGUGUUUGCAAAAACUGCAUUACUCAAGAGGAAAGAUUCGUUACGACGUUAGAAGAAAAUAAACAGCUUAAAAGAGAUGUGGAUGAUAAAGUAGCAGCACUAAAAGCUGAAUCAAACCAAGUCAAACAUUUGCAGCUUUCUAUUGAGGAAAUAAAAUCCGAGUAUGCCAGGAAACAGGCUGAAAACAAAAACUUGUCAAAAGAGAUCAUAUUCCUAAAAGAAAGUAUAACAAAAACACAAAUCAACCAGGAGAAAGUAAGGCCAGCACCCUUUGUUGACAAUGGUGUAUUUGGUUGGAAACCCUGGAAAACGCAUCCGGCAUGUUCGGACCAGAGUAAUAUAUGUCGUCAUUGCAACAGUGAGACUACUGCAAGUGACAAGUUUUGUGGAUACUGUGGUAGCAACGUUUAAACGCAAUUUCUGUUGCAUAUAAUAUAUGUGUACCACCAUGACCUAAACACAUAUAUUCAAAGAAAGAAAUAUCAGUUGAAUGAUGGGUAAUUGACACCUGUUAAAACUACUAAUUAGUUUGAAUCACAAUCAGUGGCAGAAUAAAUGCAUGACAACAUU